AUGAAUUUUCUUGAUAGCAUUGGGAACGCUACUGGUGCCGCUAUUGGUGCCGUUGAAAAUUUUUUUAAUGAUGGGACUUUGAAUAAGAGUAGUAAACAUCGCUUUGACUCGUUUGCCCUUCCAAGAAAAGGAGCUUAUGCAAACUGGUACAUUGACGGAAGAGAUUAUUUCUUAGCUGUAUCUGAAGCUAUUAGUCACGCAAGGCAAGAAAUUUUCAUUGAGGAUUGGUGGCUUUCACCAGAGUUGUAUUUGCGUAGACCUCCCAGCAAGAAUGAGGAAUAUCGUCUCGAUAAUCUCCUCAAGAGAAAAGCUGAAGAAGGGGUUAAAAUUUAUGUGGUUGUUUAUAAAGAAGUGUCUCAAGCAUUAACUAUGGAUUCCGCCCAUAGUAAACAUGCUUUGUCGAGCCUACAUCCCAACAUCGUUGUGCAAAGACAUCCAGACCAUCUUGUUGGUGGGACUGUCUUUUGGGCGCAUCAUGAGAAAAUAUGUGUUGUCGAUAGACAUAUCGCUUUCAUCGGAGGAUUGGAUUUAUGCUUUGGUCGAUACGAUACUAAUGAACAUCAACUUGCUGAUUACCAUCCUCAUUCCAAUCUUAUGGAAAUUUGGCCCGGCCAAGAUUAUUCAAAUCCCAGGAUAAAGGACUUUGCUGAUGUCCAAGAUGUUGCCAAACAUUUUAUUGAGCGUUGGAACUUUAUCAAGAAGGAAAAGGCCGAAAAUCGACCAGAAGUCAAAGUUUUGGUCUACAAAUCAGAUGCGCAACAUGAUCGUGAGGAUCCCCCACAAGCAAGAAAUUACAAAUACUUUGGGACAGAUAUCCAGGCGCAUCAUUAUAAUGGGACUGUUAAUAUUCAGAUCUUGAGAAGUAGUUCGAAAUGGAGUCAUGGAAUUGAGACUGAGAAAUCGAUCCAAAACGCAUAUCUUGACACAAUUAAAAAUGCUAAACAUUUUAUUUAUAUUGAAAAUCAAUUCUUUAUCACUGCAACCAAAGAAUCCGAGAAAUUCCCUGUCAAAAAUCUUAUCGGAAAGGCAAUUGUAGAAAGAGUUUUGAGAGCCGCAAAAAAUAAUGAAAGAUUCAGAAUUAUUGUGUGCAUGCCUUUGCUUCCUGCUUUCCCUUGUGAAGUCGAUUCUAAAGAUGCUGGUACUCUUCGACUUGUCAUGAAUUAUCAAUACAAAUCAAUUUGCCGCGGCGGAUACUCAAUUCUCGAAGAAAUACGAAAAGCAAAUGUUGACCCAUCAAAAUACAUUGCAUUCUUUUCUCUUCGUAAUUACGAUCGUGUUAACCCGUCUGCAGUUAGGAAAGGACUUGGUGCACUCAGUAACCCUUCUGUAGGUGGAGAACCAGUUGUUCCACAUGGUGUUGUUGAUGAUGAUAUCACGGGCAACUAUAUCACCGAGGAACUUUAUAUCCAUACUAAGCUUUUAAUUGCUGAUGAUAAAUAUGUUAUUAUUGGUUCUGCAAAUUUAAAUGAUCGAUCUCAACUUGGAGACCAUGAUUCAGAAAUUGCUGCCUUGAUUGAAGAUACCGACACAAUAGACUCCGAGCUUGCAGGUCGUCCUUACAAAGCCGCCAAAUUUGCUGCCACACUUCGUCGUACAGUCUUCAAGGAACAUCUUGGUCUUCUCCAAGACCACGAACACGAUAAAGUAACUUUGAAAUGUCACCCACCACCACAUCCACUAGACCCGUCAGUUGUUAAACUCACCGAAGCAGAUAGUAUUGUCAAGGAUCCCGCAAGCGAUAAAUUCAUCGCAUACUGGAAUUCUCGAGCCAAGACCAACACUGAAGCUUUCCGUGAAGUUUUCCAUUGUUUCCCUGAUGACACUGUUACUACAUGGGAAGAAUACAAGGCAUUUUCACCGGAUCGCGAAAAGAUUGGACUCGGUCAUGUCUGUAAGGAAGAUUAUCCGCUCCAAAGCGUUAAAGAAAACUUAUCAAAGAUCCAGGGCCAUCUCGUUGAAUUCCCUACUCAUUUUCUUGAAAAGGAAGAAUUGCAAGGCUCUGUUAUCUUUGAUUCGAAUGGGGAACAACAAAGACGACGAGCAAGAAAAAAGACGAAUUUAUCAAAAGUCAUGACCUCUAUUGAUAAAGAAAUUGCCAGCAUAGCAACAAAAUAUUUUUGUGAACGCAAAUAUGAUGCCGCUUUAGAAUCCCUGGAACUUUUAGCGGGUAGACCGGAAACCUCAACUACGACAACGAUUAAUUUAAAAGGAACAAGAGAACAAAAAGAAAUCCAGGAACAGAAAGAAAAUAUUGAUCCGAUAGUUUUACAUAACCUUGCUGUUACUCAAUAUUAUAAAGGUAACGCAUUGCAACACCAAGCACUAUACGAGACAUUAGAAGAUGUGCUAUCAAAAAUACAAGUGAAUAAUGCCUCUGGUGGUAUAGCAUUGUCGGCAUAUGGUGUAAUAAGAGAUAAGAAAACGGAGGGCUUUGAAGCUACCACUAGUGGUGAUCUAACUAAUAUAAAAAAUCUAAUGAACAGUAAAUCAGAGUUUGAUAAUACUUCUAGUUUUUCAUUUCUUGAAGAACAAAGUAAUAAAUAUCACAAGAAACAAGAUAUUUCUUUAACGACACAAGAACAAUUAUCAGAUUUAGAUUUAGUGAAUACAGAUGAAGAUUUGGAUGCAGCUGCUUCAGAUGAAGAUGAAGCAACCAACGGGAUAGGACCUUAUCGAUAUUUUUCAAAAAAUAUCCCUCAUUUUAUUGACGAGGCAAUUCCCCUUUAUAAUAAGGCUGCUAUUUAUUUUCAAUUGAAGCGAUACGAAGGGACUCGUGAUAUUAUCGAGCCUUUUCUGCGUGAUAACAUUGAUCGAUUAGAGGAAUAUGUGGCGUGUAGAAUAUCCUGGCUGUUGAUGGAAGUGUAUAUUGAAUUAUGUGAGCCGGCUAAGGCAUCUCAAAUUCUCGAGUGGCUUGAAUUGAAGUUUAGGGAUGUCAAAUCUAAUAAAUCAUCAACAUUCAUCGAAGAGAAAAAAUUUUCGGAUAAAAAAGCUCUCGAAAAUUCAGAAUACAAUAGAGCUGACUACUGCAAUGAUCAGGAGGAAUUUCUUAUCGAUGAAAUACAAAAAGAAAAGCAACCAGAAGAAUCAACGAAAGUGAAAAAUGACGAUAAAGUUUCAAUAUCUAAUGUCUUUCCAAAUAUCCUGAAGACAGUCCCUUCAAUUUAUGGUUCCCCAGAGAUUGCAUUUCACACGCUUAAAAAGCGUAUCAACGCGUUGCACCAAGUAAACACCGAUCAAUCCAAAUAUAAUUAUCAACGACAAUACACAGAUAAAAAUUCACAUAUCGAGUCUAAUAAAUCAGUAGAUUCUGGUGACUCUUCCAGGAUAAUAACUGAUAAUGAAUCUUCUGAUUAUAAUAUUUCGGAUAUCGAAAUCGAGCUUGAAUUGAAUAAAGCAUAUCGCAAGGCUUAUUCGGAGUACUUGCGAAAAAAUUACCAUACAUCACUCGAAAUUAUGGAAUCAUGCAACAAAGUUGAUUCUGGUGCUAAUGGAACGAGCUUGUUAAAAAAUUGCCAUUUUCACCCACGUUAUCUUGUCGACGCGUCAAGUUCAUUGCUCUUUAAUACGGGAUUGAGUUAUUUUGCCAAUGGAAUGUAUGAAAAUGCUUUACAAUGCUUUGAGAAAGCCGCUGAAGUUCGUGAAAUUCAGUCCUCACCAUGGGUUUGGAUUCGAAUAGGAGAAUGUUGUCUAAAUAUAUACGACCAGAUUACAUCAUUUGCCGGUAAAGAAAUCGUUCGUAACGAGAGAUUUUCCGCCGCUACUGGUAGUUUCCCGCCAGAUCCGGGUGAUGUGGAUUAUCAUCACCCACAUCUCCCGCUCUUGGAGUACGCCAUAUCAAGUUUCCAAAACGCAUUGAUUCAUCCUGUCUUCAACAACAGAAAUGAUAAUGUUAAUCCAAAUUCUUCCUCUCGUGAUGUUACUCCAAAUGUCGAAACUUCACGACAGCAACAAAAAUAUCAGAAUGCAAGUAGACGAACGUUUUCGUCUAUGACGAGCCAAGAGACAGCAAUAAUUCUUCGUUCGGUGAUGAUUAAAUUGGCUUAUGCACAAAUACGAAAUGGACUUUAUUCAAAAGCUCUUGCAGCUUCUCAAAGAAUAAUUGACGAGAUCGAUCAAGAAUCGUCUUCAAAUAAGACCGAUAACACUGGCAAGGAUGAAAUAGAUGAUGAAAUGACAAAUAAUCGUACGGUUGAAUUCGAUGACUCACAAAACCAACAACAACAAUAA